AUGGCCGUUGGCAAUUCGCAUGUAACGAUCAUGGCUGUUUUCGAUGAACUUCGAGAGGGAGAAGCCUGCCUGAGAGCAGCAAAGCUACCCGCAGCAAUGCGUCUGCUCGGAAUGAAUCCCACUGAGGGAGAUGUCAGCACGCUUUGCCAAAACGCCGGUGCUGGCUCCAUGUUCGAUGGGCCGUCAUUCGUGAAAUUGAUGCAAGAAGCGCUGGCAGGGUGGCUGGCCAAAGAUCAGGCACAAGAACUUCUUCUCAGCUUUCAGGCUUUUGACACUCAGUCAAGCGGGCGGAUAACGGUGGAGAAGCUCGUGCAGAUCAUGAGCAUGUCAGGCAACCCCUUCACAUCAGAGGAGCUUGAGGAGAUGCUCUUCAAUGCGGGCAUCGAUGGUGAUGGAACUCUGGCGUACAAAGACUUGAUACUUAGGCAUUUCUUCAGCCCCGAAAGUGGCACCGCAACAGGCAAGUGGGAUUCACUGGCGGACCCAGCUGGACCUAUUCCGCCAGUACAAGAGGCCACGACGCUGAACGAAGUUGCCAAGCUGAGGGCCGGGAGAGGCGAUCUAGAGGAAGCCGCAAAUCUUCGUGGCAAAGCUUUGGCGAUUCUGGGGCAAGUUCACGGGCCAGAGCACCCGGAUGUAGCAGCCGCCCUUCAUGCUCUUGCUGGCUUGAAGGAGCAGCAGGGUCGAGUUGAAGAGGCGCUGGAUAUCUACGUCAGAGCUCUCUCCAUCAGGGAGAAGGUCCUAGGCAACAACCAUUUCUACGUUGCCAUGACCCUUGACAGCAUCGCCAACCUCAAAGAUCGCUUGGGACAAGUUGAGGAAGCUAUGGACUUUGCUGGAAGGUCUCUAUCUAUCUGGGAGAAGUUCUUUGGUCCUUCGCAUCCUCACAUUGCAAGGAUCCUUUUCAACCUUGCUGGCCGAAGAGACUCUCUUGGCGAAGUAGAUGAGUCACUGAGGUUAUACGCACAGGCAUUGAGCAUCCAGGACAGCCACAACCCUGAAAGUGUGGAGGUGGCAGACAUCUUGGGUGCAAGCGCCAAUUUGAGAGAAAGGCUGGGGGAGAUCGCGGAAGCCUUGAACCUCUACACCCGUGAGCUAGCUGUGCGCCAGAAGCUUUUUGGGCCCAGCCACCCAGAUGUUCUGGAGCUGCAGGACAUCAUUGCAUCUCUGCAGACUUAG